CGAUUUUUAGGUUUCACACUGAUCUGUAGAAGAGGGUGGACUUUUAUAUUGGCGAACAAGCGAAUUUUUUACCAAAAUUGCGAAAUUUUUAAUAACGUAGAUUUGUAUGAUGGUCCAGUAUGUGGUAGUGAUGGCAUUACUUAUGCCAACGAUUUAUACCUGGACUGCGUUAACUAUCAGACAUUUCAGAACGGUGAGUAUUUACCUUCAUACAUUCGUACUUUAAUGAACGAAAAUUCCUUUUCAGUGAUACCAAUGCAUUCUGGAUAUUGUUUACCGGUGGAUGAUUACUGCAAGAUAAAUCUGUUUUAUCGGCCGAUCUGUGGAUCGGAUGGGCACACGUACACGAACCUGGAAUCACUUUCAUGCGUUAAUUACAAUCGUUCGCAGAAUGUAACAGUAGCUUUAAGCGGUCCUUGCAAAGUUAUGGAUCGCUGUUAUAGCUACAGGACCUUAUCGUACGGUUCCAACGGUGUCUGCGCGAAUAAUGGUUUGACCUAUGGAAACGCGGCUCAGGUGAACUGUCUCCGACAGAUUAACGUUGAUCUGAGGAUUCUUCAUAACGGUAGUUGCACGGUUAGGGAGGUUUAUGAUAUUUAUGACAGCGUCGAAAAGAUCUGUGACAUUGCCAAUAGUAGGUUCGAAUGGAAUCCAGUGUGUACUUCAGAUGGCGUUACCUAUCAUAAUCCUUUUAAGUUUUUGUGUUACAAAGCUCGUGGUAAGUUGUGUUACCAAGUUUUCGUGGCUAGUAUUCUUUAUUCUUAUAUCGUAUAUAUUUCUAUCAGAUCGAGUAAUAAGUUCGUUUAUAUUUAUGUCAUUUCUCUAUCCACGCUCUAUUACAUAUUGUAUUCUCUUUUUGUAAAGUUUCGUGAGAUUAAAGUUGAGAAGGUGAAUGAUCUCAGACUUCGCGGGCCUUUCCUAAUUUGUUUUUCAGAUUUGAAGACGUUGGUAUCAGAUAACGAGUGCGAGAAGAACACGCAGUUCUCGUGUGCUCAUCUCAAAUCCUCUGCUAAGACCUUCAGUGCAAAGGACGAGGUUUGCGGAAACGAUGGCGUUACCUAUCAAAGUAUCCAUCACUUACAAUGCCACAACAAUCAAAAUAAAUAUUUGUCCCUGAAGCAUUCUGGAGCCUGCGUCGACCCCGACGACAACCCCUGCAGAUCCAUACCCGAGGAAAGUCUCCGAUUUCCGGUGUGUGGAAGCGAUAACUUGUCGUACGUGAGCCCAGAGGCUUUAUGGUGCGCGAAAUUGAGGUUUCCAGAUAAAAGUGAGCUAAUCUUGCUUCGUCUUUACAAACUUCAACCCCUAAAGGCUAUCAUGAGCGAAAUUUCAUAUAAAUUUUCUUUUAAUAUUACCAUCCCAUAACGAGACCAUCACGGGCGAUAAUUUUUCUAUUCUUUAUCCUAAUAUCCAAUCAUACUAGAACGCUAAUUAAUUACUUACAUCUUCUCGAUUUUAUCGAUUCUUAAAACGAAAGGAACAAGCAGACGAUUUUCCUUGAUGACAGCUUUCAGGUGUUAAGGCAGAAUAUUCAAUGCUCUGCGUUUUAAACUGAAAUCAGUCAUCGAAGAAACCUCGUAAUUAUUUAUCAUACGAAAUAUUCUUUUCGGCAGAUUUGACGCUUGUCUACGACGGACCUUGCUAGCUGUUUCACGCGAUUAAUCCACGUUUCGUUCAUCUUGCGUCAUCGAGGAUGAAUCACUCGCCUCUGGUGGAUCUUCCUCGAGAAAAUAGCUGGAACCGCCUCCCAUGUACUCGUCCAUCCAAUGCUCUUCAUCUUCUCGG